AUGGCCAAGGUAUUCGAUGCGGCAGAAGUCGCAAAGCACAACACCCGCGAGAGCUGCUGGGUUAUCCUAUACGGAAAAGUCUACGAUGUGACCGAUUUCCUAUCCGAGCACCCUGGUGGUGCGAAGAUCAUCCUAAAGCUGUCGGGCAAGGAUGCCACUGAAGAAUACGACCCUAUCCAUCCUCCCGGUACCCUCGAGGAGGAGCUCAAGCCCGAAUGCUGUCUGGGUACUGUAGACGCAAGCACAUUACCAAAGGAAGAGGCCCCCGCCGAGUCCCAAGAACCCGCGCAGGGCCCGCCUCCCGUGGAGACACUUCUCAACUUGGACGAAAUCGAGGAGGUGGCGACCAAGCAAAUCAGCCAGAAAGCAUGGGCCUACUAUUAUUCAGCAGCCGACGAUAUGGUCUCCAAGCGUUUCAACAACGAGGUGUACAAAUCUAUUCUUCUACGGCCGAGAGUAUUUGUCGAUUGCACGAAAUGCGACUUGGACACAUCUGCUCUGGGACAUAAGUUGGGUAUGCCCAUUUAUGUCUCCCCGGCUGCCAUGGCCCGUCUCGGACAUCCGUCUGGUGAGGCUGGUAUUGCGGAGGCGUGCCGUAGCUUUGGUGCAAUGCAGAUUAUCUCGAAUAAUGCUUCUAUGACCCCGGAACAGAUUGUCAAGGAUGCAUCCCCAGAUCAGGUCUUUGGAUGGCAGCUCUAUGUUCAGAUUGAUAGGAAGAAGAGCGAGACGAUGCUUGCACGUAUCAACAAGCUGAAGAGUAUCAAGUUUAUUGUUCUCACUCUUGACGCUCCUGUUCCGGGCAAGCGUGAAGAUGACGAGCGCAAUAGUGUAGCUGGAGCUGCGACAUCUGUGCCUAGUGGUGUCAAGGCUGCCGAGCGCACCUCAGAUGAUACACCCGAUGUUUCUGGGGGAUCGGGUGGUGUUGGCCAACAACUCUUUGCCGGCACGGAUCCCUCCUUGACAUGGCAGGAAACUCUGCCUUGGCUGGCCAAGCAGACAGAUCUCCCGAUUGUCCUGAAGGGCCUGCAAACUCACGAAGACGCAUAUCUCGCCUCCCUCCAUACACCACAAGUCAAGGGCAUCAUCCUGUCCAACCACGGCGGUCGCGCCACAGAUACCGCACCACCAGCCGUGCACACCCUGCUAGAGAUCCGCAAAUUCUGCCCCGAGGUCUUCGACAAGCUCGAAGUCUAUGUGGAUGGCGGUAUCAGACGCGGCACAGAUGUCGUCAAGGCUCUCUGUCUAGGCGCCAAGGGCGUGGGCAUUGGCCGAGGUGCUCUCUGGGGUCUUGCAGCCGGUGGUGUAGAUGGUGUCCGCCGGACAUUGCAGAUUCUCGCCGACGAAAGCAAGACUGCCAUGCGUCUACUAGGCGUAGAGACGGUUGAUCAGCUGGGCCCGCAACAUAUCAACACCCGCAUGACCGAGCAACAAAUCUACGACGGACCUUCAGGUCUGGAGUCAUUACGAAGUGUGUUCCGAGCGAAGCUUUAG